AUGAUCCAGGAUCACCAGAAGCAGAUGAUCCUCCUUUUGAUGCAUGAUCAGAAGAUGAGUAGUAGCCUCACUACAUCUCAUCAUGUAGGCAUCCCACACCAUCAAGAAGAAGUCCGUCGCCCCAGCUGUGAUGCUGAAAGGAAAGAAGCAGAGUCAGGGCAGUUGCUGCAGGCCCCAUCAUCAGAGGGGAAGAGACUUGAGACAGGAUGGGAGGCUCACAGCUCCUCACAGAGGCCUCCAGGACCAAGGGGACUAGUGAGCCCACCAGUGGAGAGUCUUCUGUUUCCUCCUUGGGGUAGAGGCCCAAUUCAAGGAGGCCUGGUCCCUGGUCUGGCCUAUUGGUCAUGGUUGGCAGGGGAGUCAGUGCUGAAUCUCCUCUUCCUGGACCAGGCCAAAGGGAGGCUUUUGCAAAGAACAGAGAAACUCUGGAAGCUCAAACCUGACCUCUUCUGUAGAUUACCUGCUGGCCCCAGAAUGGACCCCAGGUUGUGGAAGACAAACCGCACUGCCCUCUCUGCCAAAAAAGGCCAUUGUCAAUAUGAAGCCAUUGUCACCUAG